AUUUAAACGGCGCUUAUGAGAAUUGAAUUGAUGUCAAACUUAAUUUACGUAAUUUCAUUCUUUUAUUCACUCACUAUUCUCCCAUCUUUUUUUUAAAUAUGAAAAACUUCUGCUUUAGAAGGUCGAUUCCCGAUGAUGAAUCCUAUCAGGAAUAUAAUCAUAAUAAUACGUUUCUAGUACCCGAAAUUGAAAGACAAAUUUCUCAAAACAUGUACAUGUCAAAUCUAUGGAAAUCAAAUUUCUCUUCCCCAAUCGAACAAAAGCUCAAAGUUGGAGGAUAUAGGAUUCUGGACGUCGGAUGCGGUUCAGGGACUUGGCUACUCGAAUUAGCUAGGAUGUACCCUAACAAUGAAUAUUACGGCGUUGACGUAACUCCGUUAUUUCCAACUGAUAACUUACCAGGAAACAUCCGAUUUUUUAUUGUAAAUGUACUUUAUGACCUUCCUUUCGAAACAUUUACAUUCGAUUUCGUUCAUCAACGGCUUCUGGUUCGAGAUUUUAACACUAAACAGUGGAAAAACAUUAUUGGAGAAUUGGCAAGGGUCACAAGACCGUACGGAUUCAUCGAGAUAAUGGAAAUGGACCUAGCUCCUUAUUGCCAAGGUCCAACUACAAAAAAGUUGUUCGAAGCGUUCCUCUCAGCAAUGCACACCAGAGGUAUUAGUCCCAUUAUCAAACCAUUAUUGCAAAGAAUGUUGAAAUCUAAUAGAAGCCUCUUUAAUGUAAGAACCGAAGCAAAAAUAUGUCCUAUCGGAGAAUGGGGCGGAAUCAAGUAUUUAGAGAUUGGAUUACCAAUUUUUAAGUUGAUGAAAAGGAAUAACCUUGAAUUUAUGAGUAUCACUCCGACCGAGUACGAUAAGUUACUCCGAACUUAUGAAAGAGAAGUUUAUGAAUAUGAAACUUUUAUAAAAACAUAUAGAUUUUAUGCUCAACGAAUCCAGCCUAGUUUUUAUCGACAAUCUUACAUUUCUAAUAUCGGCUUUUCGAAAAUAUAA